AUGAAUUCAUUUAAAGAGGAGUAUAGAGUACCAAUCUUUAAUUUAAUAAAGAAUUGUUAUACAAGAACAUGUCAAGAUUUAUUGUCAUUGGGUAAUGAAGAUGCAAAUCAAUUAUCAGUUGAUUUAAAGAAAUUAUUUUUUAUGUAUAAUAAAAAACAAUUUAAUCAAUUAAAGAAUAUCCAUGAAUCAAUUUAUAAAUUAACAUGGAAUAAAUUAUUGAAACAAGGUGGUUGGGAACAUAUUUGUUUAAGAGAAUCAUUUAUUAUGGGUCAAUUAGCAGGUAUAACCUAUUGGUACACUCAAAAUGAUUUAAUUAAAACUUUAGAAAUCUGUGAUCAAUCUUUUAUAAUGGGUGCACCAAAAGAAUUAUUAUUACCAAUUAUGGAUGAAUUAUCAAAAAAGCAAACUACAACAACAACUUCAACUUCACCUACAAUACCAAUGAUUUUAGAUGAAAAUGUUAAUUUUUCAAAAUUUCCAAUUAUAGAUAAAAAUCAUGAAAUUAAAGUAAUUGAAUGUGGUAAAAAUAAUGGUGGCGCUAGUGGUAGUGGUGGUGAUUAUUUAAAUGAAUUUUCAAUAUUUAAAAAUCAACAUUUAAACACAAUGACACCAUGUAUAAUUAAAGGUGAUGCAAAUAAUUGGGAAUGUAUAAAUAAAUGGAAAGACUUAAAUUAUUUUCUUUCAAAUCAUGGUAAUAGAAUUGUACCAAUUGAAUUAGGUCAUAAUAAAUUAGAUUCAAAAACAAAGAAACAACAACAACAACAACAAACUACUACUACUACAGCAAAUAAUGAUAAUGAUAAUUCAAUUGAUUGGUCAGAGAAAUUAAUGAAAUUAAAAGAUUUCAUUGAAGAAUAUAUGAUACCUUCAAGUAAAGAUAAUGAUAGUACAGCUACAGAAUCAUCAAAGGUUGCUUAUUUAGCACAACAUGGUUUAAUCGAACAGUUACCAUCACUAUUGGAUGAUUUUAAAUUCCCAUUAUUUUUACAAACUACAGGUGAUGCAAAAGUUCAUGAAACUGAAGAAGAGGGAAUAUCACCCCAUAUUUGGUUAGGCACAGGUAAUACAAUAACUCCAUUACAUUUCGACAGCUAUGACAAUUUCUUAACUCAAAUCGUUGGUUAUAAAUAUGUUCGUCUUUAUCCACAAAAUCAAAUUUCAAAUCUUUAUUUAAAGAAAGAUCAGGGUGAUAGUGAUGACAAUAAUCUUGUUAAAAAUUCAAAAACUGCUCAAAAUAAUAUUAGUUUUGUUGAUUUUGAAGAUACAGAUUUUGAAAAAUAUCCAUUAUUAAAAAUAGCAAAUCAACAUUAUACAGAAUGUAUUUUAGGUCCUGGUGAUAUUCUUUUCAUGCCAAGUGGUUAUUUUCAUUAUGUUAGAUCUUUAUCAACAUCGCUCAGUUUAAGUUUUUGGUUUAUUAAAAAAUAA